AUGCUCUUCGAAAUCGAUUCAAGUAUCGACAUGGUGUGGGUCUACGAUCUUCUGAAUCUUGGGAGUGCCUCUAACAAGAUAAACUUUCUGCGGCAGUGGUUUUCAAAAACGGAAAAUCGAAACUGGCUGAUGAUAUUUGAUGGCGCGGAUGACUUGGAAUCUGUUCAACUGACGAGAUACUUUCACAGUUGCUCUUGGGGACAUAUCAUCGUUACCAGUCGACACAGAGCUGCUUUCGGGCUUGUAGCACCCGAUGGCCAAGCACUAGAGGCCCUUGAAGAAGAUGCGGCUAUCGAUUUGCUUCUUGAGAAGGCGGUGAUCAACAAUCCGACCGCAGAACAGUUGAAAGAGGCAAGUGCCAUAGUCUCUAGUAUGGGAUACCUUCCGUUGGCGGUUGAUCAAGCAGGAGCUUUCAUUUGGCGGCGCGAGAAGUCCCUAGAGGACUAUAAUCGACUGUUCAAAGAGAAACAGUGCGAAGUUCUCAGCAUCACUCCGUCUAUUGGUGGAUACGAGAAGACAGUGGCAACAGUAUGGGAACUGAACUUCCGACAGCUCGAGAAGGAGGCCCCAAAGGCGUCUUGGGCGGUUCGAUGA